UGAAAAUGGAAAAUAACCAACUUGUCCUCCCUCAAGCCCUGAAGAUAGUUGACACAUCGUUCACGAGAAGGAGUGGGUCCAUGGGGUCUUCCAUGUUCUCAAGAAAUGGGCGCUCUACUAUCCAUGACUAUAUGAUCUUCAGCUCCGAAGAAAAGAGGUUAAGAUACUGAAACUCCAGUUAUGACCCAGGCAUGAACAAGGAAGAUCCUCUAUAUCAUUUAAUCUACAAGGAGCCAGUGUUUGAGAAAAUUACAGAAAAGAAGAACAAAAAGAGACGGAAUUAGGAAGUUUUGCUCUAAUUAUCUUUUUAAUGUUGUGUCGAGGAACAAAACCUCAUCAGCCAUAAACUCAAAGCCGAAUACACCAAAGCUUGGAAAAUAUUCGCCUAAUUAUGAAUCGGUUGACAGAAAGUCCUUCCAAUACUCAUUCUGUAGUACAGGCAGAAGCUCUGGUAGAGUUUGCAUGAGUUUGAACCGAUUCUGUUCAGGUUCGACCUCUUUGAUAAAUCCCUAAUCAGUCAAAACUGGCCAAGAAGUCUCAUGAUAUCUCCAAACUUGUGAAGAAAAGUGCAAAGAAUAGGAACUUUAAAAUCACUAAAAAUGAUAAAAAUAGUAUCCUUAAACCAGGCAAAUUGCUCCGAAGAAAUCUCGUAAAUAGGAAGGCAAUAGUCGAUGAUAAAUUACCUCAGAUUACUCAUAAGAAGAGCCUACAGAUUUAAUAUAAAGGCUAUAUAGGAAAUUCAAUGAGCUUGAGUAUCCAAUUGUCAUUAUAACAUCGACAGUAAUAUCAGAAAAUGGUAGCAAUUUGAAUACUUUUAUUCCCUAUAAUCUGCUACCAAACUUACAAAUAAACAUUAUAAUUCCAUGAUGCUAAAACUUAAGACUCCAAGGCUCUAUCCCAACCUUCCACUAACCAUACCCCACUGCCCAACCUCCUUGUUCCCUGGGCACCUAAAUCCCCCAACCCACGACUCCUCGCCUCCAAAUUCCCCCAAUUUUCACUUCUCAGCACCCCUUUAAAUCCAAUUUCCCAAGAAAAUUUAUUUCAUCUCCCACUCAAAAUCUGAAUUUCCUUUAAAAAUUAGCUUAAGCCUCUAUUGGAAAAUCCUAAUUCUGUGCAGGCGGAAUUAGCUGUUGGGUUUGAGGCUUGAAAGGGGUUUUAGGGAAGAGUUGAGGGGUUUUGAAGUGGGGAUUUUGGGAGUGAGGGGUUGUGUAUAUGG